AUGUUAUUAGACGCAAUUAACUAUGAAAAAGGCCAAAUAUCUCAAAAUUAUUACAAAAGAAGGAAGAAAAACAGUACUGCAAUAGUAGAUGUGUAUGUCAUGCCUUUCAGUCAUGUUGAUCCAGGCUGGUUAGAAACUUUUUCAAAUUAUUUAAAUAAUACAAAUGCUAUUCUUGACAACAUGGUAAUAUUUUUGAAGCAGAAACCGAGAAUGCGGUUUUUAUGGUGUGAAAUAGCAUUUUUCGAACGAUGGUGGUCAUUACAAAAUGAAACUACCAAAAAUUUAGUGCGGAGAUUCGUUUCUUCCAAACAGCUAGAAAUCGCAAGUGGAUCUUGGGUGAUGACUGAUGAAGCAAACACUUAUUUUCCUUCUAUUAUUGAUAAUAUUAUCGAAGGACAACAAUUUGUUUACUCUCAACUUAAUGUACAAGCUCGCGUAAUGUGGUCCAAUGAUCCAUUUGGAUAUAGCUCGUCAGUCCCGUAUUUGUUCGCUAACACAGGCGUCAAACGAGCUGUUAUAAAUCGAAUCCAUCACAAUUUAAAAUUAUUUCUGCGCGAGCAUGGCGCAUUAUCAUUCCGCUGGAGACAGUUUUUUGAUGCAAAAGGUGAAAGUGACAUGUACACUCAAGUGCUACCCUACAAUCAUUAUGACAUAUUAAAUAGCUGUGGUUCAGAUGCAGCGAUCUGUUGCGAAUUUGAUUUUAAGCGACUGAAUCAUUUCGGUUGUCCAGACGAAAUUCCUGUAGUAAGUACGCAAUCGAAUAUUCCCGAAAGAGCAUCGAAACUGGAAAAAUCCUUCCUGAAAAUGUCUUCUGAUCUACAAAGUAAUGUUUUAUUGUCUGUUUGGGGAGACGAUUUUCGUUAUGCAUUGUUAGAAGAAUGGCAUCAACAAUAUGAUAACUUAAUAGUACUCUUUGAUUACAUCAAUAAGCAUUCAAAUCGCAUGAGGAUAAGAUUUGGAACUCUCACGGAGUAUUUUGAUGCUCUAGAAAAGAACAGUAGACGAGAGAAGCUUGAAUCUGCCACACUAUCGGGCGAUUUUUUCCCAUACAAAUGCCCGUCACAUGAUUACUGGACUGGCUAUUACACUACGAGACCUUUUUAUAAACGCCAAGAACGCGAUUUGCAUUCAUUUAUUCGAGCUGCAGACUUACUUAGCACUAGUGCUCUUCGGAAAUUAUCGAUAAACAGAAAUGAAAUAGUAAAUAAAAAACUUACAGUUGCUCGAAGGAAUUUAGCAUUGUUUCAGCAUCACGAUGCCAUCACAGGGACUAGCAAGAAUCACGUAAUGAAAGAUUACUCACAGCGCAUGUUUGAAUCGUUGAAAAGUGUCGAGAACGUGCUGAAGACUGCGUUAGAUUCAUUUGUUCCUCUGCACAACUUCGAAAUUGUAUUUACUUGCUUUUUUCGCAUUCAUUUUCGCAACUCAAAUUUUUAUAAAAUUUUCAGCUUUACUCAAUGUUUGCUUUUAUAGUC